AUGAUAAAACUAGGUAGAAACUUGUCAUGCAGUUAUUACAUAAAUCUUACGUCUAAAAUUCAUUCAUCUACACACGCUACAUCUGAAUCCUCUUUGGAGUUUCAUAGAGAAGAGCGCGACGGAAAAACCCAUGUUACUUCAUUGAAUAUACAAACAAAUGAACGAGCAAUUGUACAGUUACAGAAUGAAUCUCAAACUAAGAGAAGCCAGAAGUUCAAAAAAGAAUAUGUACUUCCUGAUGAUGCUACACGAGGGCUGAAAAAUGUAUUAGUUUCUUGUUCACAGCCUGUGAAACAGCUCCAGUCAGAAGCUGAUUGUAUGGCUGACAUGCUCAGUCAAAGAAGGUUUCCAGCAUCUCCCAAUGAAGUUCGAAGCGCCCGAGACCAGAUAAGAAAGAAGUUACAGUCUGAACAACGAGAUAGUUUUCAUGAAGACGGUGUUCUUGGCGAGAAAAUUCUGGAGGCUAUGGAAUAUCAAAUCCAGCAUAAAGUUCAGCGCCUUCUGAAAAAAACGAGGUACAACUGGAAGCCAUUGGAAUUCGAUUCAUAUGAUGUUGCCGCAAGAUAUGCUUUGGCUAGAUUAGCUCCCAAUUAUGCCGAAGUUUCUCGUGUGUUGGAAGAGUUGAAAGCAACUGAGUUCGCUCCUGAAACUGUUCUCGAUUUUGGUUCAGGGUGCGGAUCUGGAUUUUGGGCCGUUAACGAACGGUUUCCCUCCUUGAAAGAAUACUGCCUUGUAGAUAUAUCAGAUGAGAUGACGAAACUGGCAAUGGAUAUAAUGAGGCGCAGUGAUGGUUCAUUGAUCUCAAAAAAAGUGUCUUUCAGAAGGCACUUGCUGCCUUCCUUACAAAAUAACUAUGAUUUAGUGAUUUGCCAUCGCACGCUCUGUGAGAUAGGCUCUCCAGAGAGCAGAAGACAGAUUAUUGAAUCAUUGUGGAGGCGUACUAAUAAAUACCUCGUUCUUAUUGAGUCAUCACUGGAAGAUAGUUUCAACGCUCUGCUGGAUGUGAGAGAUUAUCUGUUGACAUCUGGAGUGCAAAUUAUUCAGAACGAACUUCUACAGAUAUGUAAAGAGAAGCAGCUUCUAACUAAAGACAUCGAGGACAUCCUGCAUAAUCUUCAGCUGAGUGACUUCGAAAAAUACUCAAUCUUGAGAGAAAAGUUGCCCACCAUUGAUAUACCUACAGUUUUGCCUCAUGCCUCCAUUUUCGCACCUUGUCCUCAUGAUCUUGGAUGCCCAAUGCAACAAAAAAGCUCUUGUUCCUUCCCUAUAAGAUGGAGAACUUUACGCGCAGAUGGAAAACAGAAAUCUCACACUCGAGAUGGCACUGAAACUGGAAAAAUGUCGUUUAUGAUCAUAGAAAAAGGAAGUCGUGAUAUCGAUAACAACCUACCUAGAAUCUUAAAGAUGAGGAAAAUGAAUGGUCAUGUUACCUGUGAUGUUUGCACAGCUUUUAAAGGCUUACAGCGGUUCACUCUAUCCAAAAAAGGUGGAGAAAUGUAUAAAAAACUUAGGAUGAAAGGAGAUGGAGAGAUCUCUCCCUUCCAUAUGGAGACGAAAGCUACUGAAGGUGUCUUUGACUUGUAUGACCAAGUAGUGCGAAAUUAA